AUGGCUGUGGUUGCACUUGCUGACGACGACGACGAUGCCAACGACGAGGCUCUUAGCAACCUCCGCUUGUUCAGAGCACGAAUGUCCUUAAAGGAACGACACUACCUCACCAGCAAAGUCCUCGUACCACCCAAUGCGAGUCCAUGGAUAGUGUUGUAUGGACGCCCCCCCAAACUGCCGCACAAGCACCAAGCAUUGGCACCUGUCCUCCACUACUGCACUGCGGCAUUCGAGCACAAGACCAUGUGCGAAAUAUUUGGAGUCCCUCCGUCGACGUUUGCAACAGCGUUCCGAAAGGCUCAGGUCGCGUUUGGAAUUGCGUUGGAGAGCAUAGACCAGGCGAGGGUUCAUUACCCAUCGAAACGGACACAAAUGGAGGGCACGGCAAGUGGCCAAACGGGGCCGUUGGUUUCAGGCCAACACAUCAUGGAGUACGUUGGAGAAGUGAUUGGCAAGGACGAAUUCUUCUGGCAUUUCCGCAGCAUGUCCUUCUCCCAAGUGCCCGACUACUACUUCAUGCAGAUCUCCAAUUACUUUCAACUGCAAGUGCUGUUCAGCAAAGUGUUGCGGUCGGAUGUGAACGUAAACAGCGACAAGUCAAGUUGA